AUGAGCUCCCCAAAAAGAAGAAUAGAAACUGAUGUCAUGAGCUUGAUGAGUGACUACGAAGUUACCCUAGAAUUCUAUGUCCGGUUCAAGGGUCCUGAAGAGACUCCCUUCGCCGGUGGCAACUGGAAAGUGCACGUCGAGCUCCCCGACCAGUACCCCUACAAGAGCCCUUCGAUCGGUUUCGUGAACCGCAUCUUCCACCCCAACAUUGACGAGCUAAGCGGAAGCGUGUGUCUUGACGUCAUCAACCAGACAUGGUCUCCCAUGUUUGACAUGAUCAAUAUCUUUGAGGUUUUCCUACCGCAGCUCUUGCGCUACCCUAACCCUACCGACCCUUUAAACGGAGAGGCAGCGGCCUUGUUGAUGAGGGAGCCGAGGCAGUACGACAUCAAGGUUAAGGAGUACGUCAACAAAUACGCAACCAGAGAAGCUGCCGAUGCUGCCACAGACGAGUCCGAAAGCGAUGAUGACAUGUCAUCUGUGGGAUCGUUUGAUUCCGGAGAUGAGGAGCCUGCUGGUACAAUGGAGGUCUGA